GCUGGUGCCUUGGAGAUGAUUGUGCCCCUGCCUUGGACGUGCCGUGAAACCCAAGCGCUAAAGGGACCUCGCCCGCUGCCUGGCAUGAAAUGCCUGCGCCCAAGGGGAAGUAGUUUCCGAGUGGCAGGUGCUGGGGGGCGGCAGUCCGGCCUCCUGGGUUUCGUUCCCAGCUCUGGGAGGGAGCGUCGUCUGGUGGCUGGAACUGGGUUGACUCAGGACACCUGGGUGCCAUCACUGACUCCUUGUGCGACCCUGGCGGAGUCCCGGACAUGCGAUAACUGCAGCAAUGGCCACGUCAGAUGAGCUCAAGUUUCAUGAAUUCGACGAGGCAGCCGACUUGCUGGCCGUGAACCCUGAUGCCACAACCACCAGCAUCAGCGAGCGGCAAAGCCACGUGGCCGUGAAUGUGAGCACCGGCUACGAGGAGGGCGAGUUACGGGAGGAGACAGAUCAAACUGAGCUCCUGAGCGGCCAGAAGAAGCCACCCAGUUUCUGGACCUUCGACUACUACCAGACUUUCUUUGAUGUCGACACCUACCAGGUGCUGGACAGGAUAAAGGGGUCUCUGCUGCCGUUGCCUGGGAAGAACUUCGUACGGCACCAUUUACGGAACAACCCUGACCUGUACGGGCCCUUCUGGAUCUGUGCCACGCUGGCCUUCACGCUCGCCGUCAGCAGCAACGUGUCCCACGCCCUGGAGAAACGGGGCGACCCCUCCUUCCACUACAGCCCCCAGUUCCACAAAGUGACCAUCGCCGGGCUGGUGACCUACUGCUACGCCUGGCUGGUGCCUCUGGCCCUCUGGGGCUACCUGCAGUGGCGCAAGGGCCUGAGCCUGCACGUGGGCUCCUAUAGCUUCCUGGAGACGGUCUGCGUGUACGGCUACUCGCUCUUCGUCUACAUCCCCACCUCGAUCCUGUGGCUGAUCCCGGCUGCCUGGCUUCAGUGGCUCUUGCUGGCCGUCGCCGCGGCGCUCUCCGGCGCUGUGCUGGUUCUCGCCUUCUGGCCGCUGCUCCGCUCCGACAGCAAGCCGGCCACACUGGCCACGCUGGCCGCCAUCGUCUCGCUCCACGUGCUGCUGGCCGUCGGCUGCAAGCUCUAUUUUUUUCAGACGCUGCCCAGCACCAUCCCUCCCCUGCACCCCCUGGUCACAGCCCAGCAGCCCCCGGUGCUGCUCCCUCACCCGGCCAAUGCCUCGGCCCCCCUCCGCCAGUGAGGUGUGGAUCCCCCAGCACUGGGCGCAAGCGACAGCCUGGACCCAGCCUCCGGCCUCUCCCCCACGCUGCACAGGGACAGGGCGGCAGCUUGGCUAGCGGCUGAGCCCGGGACAUUCGGCACGUCUCAUUCCCAGCUGGGACUAGGGGAAUGAGCUUGUGCCCAGACCAGCACGCACCAGGCCCUAGCUAGCCCCUGCCUCGGUCAGUGGCAGGCAUCCUGCCAGGACAGAGCCCGGGCCCUGCUCUCGGGGCAUCCCUGCGGCACAGGGAGCCCGACACCUCUGCUGGCCCCAGGGCCGGCGUUUGCAGCCCACUGCCAGGUUCUGAUUCGGCACCGCUGCCCUGCUCCCCGGGGCUAGGCCGGGAGCUUCCCACCUAACCCAGCCCCAGCUCUGCUGGGGAGGCUGGGACGGAGCACAGGGAAUUCUGCCAGGCGAGGUACUCACCAGCUCCCCCAUCUCGAGGGCAUGGGGGGGGGGCAGGGGCAGUUCCGGCUGCUCCCCGGGCAAGGCCCAAGGACUGGGAGCUGUCAGCUGUUUUCUAUGCAAAGGUGAUUGAAAUAAACAAGUGGGGCUUUGCCCCCCUGGGA